UUUUCAGUGAGAAAGGAAAAGGGGAAAGCUUUUGGAUCGUUUAUCAUUUCCGAGUAUCUUGGAACAAAUGCGACAUCAUUUACUUUGUUCGAUUUAUAGGUUUUACAUUUAACAUUCUACGUUAGAAUACACCUUUUGGAAAUCGUAAGAUCGUUUUCAUGGUUUGUUUGUGCAAUCGAGAAAAUGUCUGCUGUUGUUAUGUGGUACUCGGUAUUGUUUUCCUUCAUCCUGCUUCAUUCGGCACGAGGACAGGUCAGUUAUUCUAUUCCAGAAGAAAUGGCUAAAGGUUCCACUGUGGGAAAUAUCGCGCAGGAUUUGGGCUUGGAUUUACAACGAUUGAGGUUAGGAAAAGCGCGCAUAUAUACAGGGGACAGUACUGAAUACAUUGGCCUCAAUAAAGACACUGGCUUGCUGCUCAUCAAAGAGAAAAUGGAUCGCGAGUCUCUUUGUGCAAAAACGACACCGUGUGCUUUGCACCUUCAGCUGAUUUUGGAAAACCCGAUGGAAUUAUACACGAUUACGGUUGAAAUCACAGAUAUCAACGAUAAUCCACCCACUUUCCAGAAAAAGCGAAUUCAUUUUGAAAUCAGCGAGUCAGCUGUAACGGGCGCGAGAUUCAUGUUAGAGAGAGCCGUGGACGCGGAUGUAGGAGUUAAUGGUCUUCAAAGCUAUUCUCUUAAACCAACUGAUAAUUUCAUCCUUGAGCUGCUCAGUCAACCAGACGGAGAUAAAAACGUCGAGAUGGUUUUGCAAAGCCCACUUGAUAGAGAAAAGAGAGGAGUGGUUACGUUAUUACUAACCGCCAUUGACGGCGGUGAUCCGCAGUUGUCUGGCACUGUUCAGAUACAUGUUACUGUACUUGAUGCCAAUGAUAAUUCUCCCGUAUUUUCGCAAAAAGUAUAUAAAGCCACACUGACUGAAACUGCAGCGAAAGGGACUAAACUGAUCACAGUCAGUGCUACUGACGCAGACGAAGGAUCUUACGGUCAGGUGACGUACUACAUUGCAAGCACGGACGAUAUUGUACGAAACAUGUUUAUUAUUGAUCAGUAUAGUGGCGAAAUCACCUUAAAUGGCAUAGUCGACUUUGAAAAAGCAAGUAACUACCAGAUUGAUAUCCAGGCUAAAGAUCAAGGAGGGCUUUCUGAUUCCUGUAAGCUGAUUAUUGAUGUGCUGGAUAUUAAUGAUAACAAACCAGUGAUAAACGUGCUCUCUAUGUCAAGCUCUGUGUCUGAGGACUCCACACCCGGCACAGUUGUUGCUAUGAUGAAAGUAGAUGAUGCUGACUCAGGUGUGAACGGCCAGAUUCACUGCAUCAUAAAUGAUAAUAUUCCAUUUGCUCUGACAUCACCAUCCAGCAAUUUCAUCAGUCUGCGUAUAGAGCAGCAGCUGGACAGAGAAAAAGAUGCUGAAUACAAUAUCAGUGUCACGUGCUCUGAUCAGGGGGUGCCCGCGCUCUCCAGCAGCGCCUCUCUGUCUUUACAGAUAUCAGAUGUGAAUGACAAUGCUCCUGUUUUUGAGAAAACUAACUAUGAGGCCUGUGUGCUGGAGAAUAACACACCUGGUCUCUCUAUAUUUUCAGUUAAAGCCAGUGAUGCUGAUUGGAAUCAGAAUGCUCGUGUUUCUUAUAUUCUAGAAGACAGCACUGUUAAUGGAGUCUCUGUCUCAUCAUAUGUGUCAGUGCAACCUGACAGCGGACUGAUUACAGCUAUGCGCUCUUUUGAUUAUGAGACACUGAAACAUUUCCACUUCCGGAUAAAAGCGCAAGAUGGAGGCUCUCCUCCACUCAGUAGUAACGUGACAGUGAAAAUUACUGUCCAAGAUCAGAAUGACAACGCUCCUCAGGUUCUGUAUCCGGUACAGACUGGAGGUUCAGUGGUGGCUGAGAUUGUGCCUCGUGCUGCAGAUGUUGGAUAUCUCGUCACUAAAGUGGUGGCUGUUGAUGUGGACUCUGGACAGAAUGCCUGGCUCUCCUAUAAACUACAGAAAGCUACAGACAGAGCGCUGUUUGAAGUGGGUUUACAGAAUGGAGAAAUAAGAACUGUGCGACAAGUGACUGAUAAAGAUGCUGUCAAACAGAAACUCACUGUUGUUGUGGAGGAUAACGGACAGCCCUCUCGCUCAGCUGUGGUCUCCAUUAACGUGGCUGUGGCUGACAGCUUUCCUGAAGUGUUGUCAGAGUUCACAGACUUUACGCAUGAAAAACAAUAUAAUGACAACUUGACAUUUUAUUUAGUCUUGGCUCUUGCGAUGGUCUCCCUGCUCUUCAUUGUCUCAGUUAUUUCAAUCAUUUCAGUGAAAAUCUACAGAUGGAGGCAGAAUAAGUUAUUUUAUAAAUCAGGGGCAAAUCUACCUGUAAUUCCAUAUUACCCUCCAGUCUACGCAGACGGCACAUUACAGCAUGUGUAUAAUUAUGAAAUGUGCGGGACAACUGAUUCAAGAAUGAGUGACAUGAAGUUUGUCAGGCCCUACAGUCAGAACACACUGGUGAGCCAGAGUCGUUUGGGAACAGUUCAGAGAGAAAAGAAGGAGCAGGAGGUUGAUGACCUGACUUUAGAGGUGAGACCUGGUUUGAUGUUUUAAAAUCAUAUCAUCCGUAUUCCAGUGAAAAAAAAAAAUA